AUGUCGUUUACCAGGUUUGAAGAGAUGUUAACCAAGCUUCAGGCGUUAUUAACUGGUACAAAGCAGAAGCUGGAUAAAGAGCAUGUAAAUAUGAUUGAGAAAUGCAAUACGACAUUGCUUCAAACAAUGCCAACAAAACUGAAGGGUCCAGGUAAGUUUUCCAUCUCUUACACUAUUGGUGGGGUAGAGAUCCCACAUGCUCUAUGUGAUUUAGGGUCAAGUAUCAAUUUAAUGCCUCUUAAUAAGGCAGAAGAUUUAAAUUUGGGAGAGAUCAUACCUAAUAAUAUAACUCUCACCUUAGCUGACUUAUCUAUUACUCAUCCUCAUGGUGUUUUACAAGAUGUGUUAGUACAUGUUGACGAUCUAGUUUUUCCUGCAGAUUUUGUGGUAGUAGAUAUGAAGCGAGACACAAGUGGUUAA